AUGGGCCAAUAUCAAAAUCAUAAUGACUUACUAGGUAAACAAGUUAAUGGAAGAGCUGAAAUGUCUGGUGUGUUAUUGGGAAUUCUAAAUGGCUUAAAGGAGGUAGAAGCUUUUAUUCCAGAUACUGCUCCAGAACCCUACAGUUGUUUAAAUAUUUCAUCAUCAGAUUUAGAAUCUCAGCUAGUAGGUAGUAGUUUGAUUAGAGACAUGCCAAUAACAAAAAUAUUAAAAAAAGUCAAUCCGGGUGCAUACUAUCAUUUUGGUAUUGAAAACGGUAUUAUAUGCCUUUUUCUUGAUAGUAUUUCAAAUGAAGAAAUUAAAUUAGUAGUAGGUAUUGAUGAAUUACCUAUUUCUAAGAGCAGUUCCACUCAAUUUUGGCCUAUAUUGGCAUACAUACGUUCAACUUCCAAUCAUGUUUUUCCUAUUGGAGUUUAUUGUGGAACACAAAAACCUAAUGACCGUAAUGAUUAUCUAAAAGACUUUGUCAUUGAAGCUGAACAAUUCAUUUUAAAUGGUAUUUUCAUCAAUGGAAAGUUUUACAAAGUUGUGCUAGAUGUUGUUUGUUGUGAUGUACCAGCAAAAUCAUUUGUUUUAAAAAUUAAAGGAAUUAAUGGAUUUUAUUCAUGUACACGUUGCAAAAUUGAAGGGGAAUAUAUUGAAAACCGGUUGCGUUAUCCUUAUUCUGAACCAUCUGAAAGGACACAUAAUGAUUAUGUUCAACGAGCUCAAAUUAGUCAUCAUGUGUUUUCUAAUAAUUCAUGUUUGGUAGAAAUAUCCAGAUUUGAUAUUGUUAAAGGUUUUUCGUUAGAUAAUAUGCACUUGGUAUGUUUGGGUGUAGUCAAAAAACUUCUAAUGUUAUGA